AUGGCAGAUAUAAACAUGGUCAACAUUAUGAAUGAUUUUCUGAAUGCAAGUAACUUUAGUAGAUUCCAUCAAUACAGACUGGAAAGUCAUGGUAUCAUUCAAGUAGGACUGCAUAUUCAAAGACAACCAGACGUGCCGCCACGAUUCUAUGAUGAAGUUGUCCUCGAAAACAAACCGCCAGUCUUCCCAAUAUCUCGAUUCUCCAAUUAUUUACGAUCCACUCUAUUUAAUGAUGACUACGGAACGCGUUCUUUGGCACCAACUAUAUUCUCAAGAACUAAAAUCGACUCAAGUGAAGUUACUGAAAUGGAAAUCACUUUUAUCAUGUGUUCUUUAUUUGUAGUUUGUGAUACUCUUAAUGGCAUGAAAUGCAAUUUCAAGGUUGGCGAAACCCCGUUGACAGCAAUGAAAUCUUUAUCACCAUCUUUAUCUGGAUACUCCGCUGAUGGAACUGUGUCUUUGGAGGAUACCGGCGCAUAUGGUUCCUACACAAUGCUUCAUGCUAUUCUAAAAAAAUAUCCUUAUGCUGACAAAGAACUGAUCAAUGACUUACGUAUCUUAUUCUUACAUGCAAGUGCAAAAGAUAACCAUGUCCGCCUUUGGGUGAUGAAGCCUUGCCACAAUGGAACAGCAAUAACAUUUGAAAGAAUGGACAAAGUUACUAUUACCACCAACAAAAACGACAAAGGGGAUGCUAUUGAGUUAAUCAAAUUCUUUUGGCAACUGAAGGGAAUGUUGGAGAGGUCGCGGGCUGCUAUCAAUAACCUGAAGAACUCAAGUGAUACGAAUAUCCUGUUGAUGCAAGGUGACGAUACAGAACCAAAGCCCUCGUUCUUACCAUCGUUAUUGAAACCUCGAUCAAUGAAAUCCAAGUAUGACAAUGAUUGCGAAAGGAAUAGUUAA